CCGUAAGGGUUGACUAAACCCCCUUGUGUGUGGAGAUGUAAUAACAACAGUGAAAAUUUGGAGGGAUGAAGUUGGAGGAUUUUUACUUAAUUUAUAAGGGGGCCCUCUCAGGCGCUGUGGAACCAGUUGUUAAGAUGCGAAAAGAACGACGCUCGUAGUCCUUCCUCUCCACGACCUCGAAGUCCGUCGUAUUGUAGACAGGCAGCAGAUCUAGAUGGGUUGCUAGGACUAGGUCGUGAGCUCCUUGCCAUUUGGCCGUCACAUCCACAUCAACUUAAGCAAUUGAGUCCUUACCCCGGGUUUUCCUGAACAGACUCGGGCGUUACAGAGUCGCAGACUCGCGACGUUACCAUAAUGCAUCACUUCCCCUCCUCCUCCCUUAACGGGAACGACGAAAUCCACACCAUCCAACAAGAUGUCGACGUCGAAAAACGCGGCCAUCACGAUGUCAAUAACAGCAACAAUGAUGCGCCGCCAGCCGUCGACGAUGACAAGCCGAUCCUUGAAACACAACUCAAUGUCGGCGGGCAGGGCGCAACGCAGCGCCAUCUGAGGAACUACCAGGUGACCAUGAUUGGGUUCUGCAGCGGCAUUGGGACAGGUCUGUUCAUCGGUACUGGGUCAGCGUACGCGAAGGCCGGGCCGGCGGGGUUAUUGUUGGCCUAUGCCAUCGUGGGAGGCGUGUUGUGGUGUGUUAUGCAGAGUAUUGCUGAGAUGGCUACUUUGAUCCCCACCGCAGGCUCCUUCCCCCACUGGGCAACCCGCUUCAUCGACCCAGCCGUAGGCUUCUCCCUGGCCAUCAGCUACGGCUACUGCUACACCGUCGCCAUUGCGUCAGAAUGCUCCGCAGCUGCGAUUCUCGUGUCCUAUUGGACCGAUAUCUCCGUCGCCAUGGUGAUCAGCAUCAGUCUCGCCCUCAUCCUCUUCAUUAACCUCCUCAACGUCCGCUAUUUUGGCGAGACAGAAGUCGUCGGCGGUGCUAUCAAAGUGCUUUGCUUCCUCGGGUUAAUUCUGGUGUCCAUCGUCAUCACCGCCGGCGGCGCCCCGACACACGAUCACAUUGGUUUCCGGUACUGGCACAACCCAGGCCCCUGGAUGGAUUACAACGGCAUUGGCGGUCCCACAGGGCACUUCCUGGGUUUCCUGUCUGCUUUUGUAAAUGCCAGUUUCUCCUUCAUCGGCGUCGAAACCGUCGUCAUCACCGCGGCCGAGAGUAUCAACCCGCACCGCGCCAUCCCGAGGGCCGCUUCCAACGUGACCUACCGCAUCGGACUCUUCUACGUGCUAGGCGCCCUGUUGAUCGGGCUCAUCGUGGACCCCACCAACCCCGGCCUAGUUUCCGACACGGGGAACGCGAAUAGCUCGCCCUGGGUAAUCGCCAUCCGCCAGGCCGGUAUCAACGUCCUACCGUCUAUCGUCAACGCCUGUAUCCUCGUAUCGGCCUGGUCAGCGGGCAACUCCUACUGCUGGGUCGGCUCGCGCAUGAUUGUCGCCAUGACGACCGACCACCAACUCCCGCAAAUCUUCGGCCGCACCUGGGAAAACGGCGUGCCGUACGUAGCCGUCAUAACCGCGUGGCUGUUCGGCCCACUCGCAUACUUGAGUCUGGGCUCCGGCGGGGCCUCGCAGGCGUUUACGUGGUUGUUGAAUUUGAGUACCGUUGCUGGGCUCAUUGCGUGGGCUACGCUGUGUUUUUGCUAUAUCCGGUUUCAUCGCGCGAUGAAGGUCCAGGGUGUGAGUCGCGAUACGUUGCCGUGGAAGGCGCCAUUGCAGCCGUAUGCUGCUUGGGUUGGUUUUGUAGGCUCAACCAUUAUUACAUUGGUUUGUGGGUUUCCCGUGUUUUUAAGGGGGAAUUGGUCCGCGGCUGAUUUUGUGGCUGCGUAUGUGGGGAUACCGAUCUUUAUUGUGCCGAUUGUUGCCUGGAAGAUUGUGCAUCGUACCAAGUUCAUGCGCGCAAAUACUAUCGAUCUUUGGUCUGGUCGUUUUACAUAA